AUGGAGGAAGAGGAACAAGAGCAAAGAACAAUGAGAAUCUUCGUCGGAGGAUUGGGCAAAGCCGUCACCGGUGAUGAUCUCCGCCGUUUAUUCGAGUCUCUCGACACCGGUGAAAGGCUCAGACUCGAGAAGGCCAAAGAGAAUUACCUUGCAGGCUUGAAGAAGGAAUGGGAGGAAGAAGCUCUGGUUAACAGUAACCAAUCACCACCAUCUGAUGAUGAUGAUGAUGUUUCUGCUCAGAAUAAUGCAUUGGAGGAAAACCCCAAUGCGAGACGCGCUUCGAAUAUUCCAGAUACGAAGCAGCUCAGGGUUUUCUUUCCUAGAUUGAGAAAGGUGAAAUCUAUACCAUUCAGUGGAUCUGGCAAGCACAAAUAUAGUUUCCAGAAUAUUAAAGUUCCUCCGAUGCCCGUGCAAUAUUUUUGUGAUUGUGAGGAACAUUGUAGUCCUUUUGUCAAAGAAAGAGGAAAGUUGCCCUCUCACGGGGUAGCAGAAAUUGGUGGAAUAAAUGAUAAAGAAAUUAACAUAAUGAAUGUUGUGAUGAACAAGCUCUUUGAAAAAGAAAAGGUUUCCAACACCAAGGAUCUUGGAAAGGGGCAGGAUUCCAUUGAAUCACCUGAUGCUUUACCUUUAAAUGAAUGUGAAGUAGAUAGUGCAACAGACGACGAUGAUGAUGAUCUCAUUAUUAAUAUUGAGACUAAGAAAAAUAAAGCAGCUUUAUCUGGGAGCCAUGAACUUGAAAGGAUCAUGGAAAAUCCGGAAUCAUGGUCGAACAAAACAAGAACUGCCAAGGAAGAGCCGAAUGAGGAGUAUGCUUCAAGUGCAGAAAAGGAGUGA